AAAAUGUUGAUCUUGAUUUACUUCAAGAACUUUUAGAUGGAUCAUUUAGAGGUGAAUCCAAUGAACCAGUAAAUAAAUGUUUUACAGUUUUACAUAACAGUUCAAAAAAAACUUAUUGUC